AUGAAUGGUGGAGAUGGACCUAAUAGCUAUGCCCAAAACUCAUCGUACCAGAGAGGAGCAGUAGAUGUGGCAAAACCGAUAAUUGAAGCUGAAAUUUCGAGAAAAUUAGAUGUCAAACACCGUUCCUCCCCAUUCAGGAUUGCUGAUUUUGGCUGCUCAACCGGGCAUAACUCUUUUGCAGCCAUGAAAAUUAUAACUGAAGCCAUCAAGAGAAAAUUCAAAACAGAUGGACAAACUUCCCAUAUUCCAGAUUUUCAGGUGUUCUUUAACGACAAAGUCACCAAUGAUUUCAACACUCUUUUCAGUUCACUCCCACCCAAAAGACUUUACUAUGCCACCGGAAUUCCAGGUUCUUUUCAUGGCCGUCUGUUGCCCAAAUCUUCCCUUCAUUUUGGGUAUUCAUCUUGUUCCCUAAAUUGGCUAUCUAAGGUGCCAAAGGAAGUGGCAGAUAAUGCAUCUCCUGCAUGGAUCAGAGGGAAGAUUCACUGUUUUGGAGCAAGAAGAGAAGUACUUGAAGCGUAUUCGAAUCAGUAUGCCAAGGAUGUAGAGGCAUUCUUGGAUGCCAGGGCGGAGGAGUUGGUGGCUGGAGGGCUAAUGGCCCUUAUUGUCCCUGCAGUCCCUGCCUUCUGGAAUCCCAACACAGCCUACACGUCGAUUACUGAUUUUGAUAUAUUGGGUUCGUGCCUCAUGGACUUGGCGGAAAAGGGAAGAUUCAGCAAGGCCAAGGUGGACUCAUUCAACUUACCAGUGCAUAUUACAAUCCCACAAGAGUUCAGGGCCAUAUUAGAGAGGAGCGACAAUUAUACAAUUGAGAGAAUGGAGAUAAUAGACAACCCAGGGAAGCGCACCUUGACCGUCCCGACAGACCGUGCCUCAUUCUUCAGGGCAGUCUUUGAGCAAUUGCUGAUAAAUCACUUUGGGAGUGAAAUAAUCGAGGAAUUGUUCCACCAGUAUGCAAAUAAACUUGCUGCUUCUUCACUUUUCUUAGAACCUAAGAAUGAAAAAUCUGUCCUAAUAUUUGUCCUCCUCAAGCGGAAACCAUAUGAUCAGAAGUAGAGAAUCCUACACUCGCAAUAAGGGGUUGUCUUGGUAGCUGUCUUGUCCUCUAUUG